GAACCCAAGUUGAGCAUCAUCAUGGUGGAGCAGGGCAAACAAGACGCUAAAGACUUCCAUCCGGCACCAGUUUGGCUGGAUGAACCCUAUCUGGAACGCCUGCUCAAGGAUCUGAAGAAGGAUCCGAAUCUGAAGAUCACCGACCUGGAGAUAAGGCCCGCCACUGCCAAGGGUGACAAUUAUGCCAGUGUUAUGACCCGCGUUAAGGUUUUCUACCUCAAAAGCGGCGCCAAAAACCCCGAGAUCGAGUACUAUAUUGUGAAGACCACAUAUGAGAACGACGCCUUCUCCUCUGGUAUAUUUUCGCAGUACCAGGUCAGCACUACGGAAAUGCGAAUGUACGAGAAGAUCCUGCCUCAGUUGACUUCACUUAUUGGCAAGACCCGCCAGCCGGAGAAGCUAUUUGCGAAGACGUUGCAUGUUGACUACGAACAUGAGGCCAUCAUUUUCGAGGACCUGGCAGUGCCUGGCUAUGUCCUGGCCGAUCGACUCAUCGGUUUCGACCUCGAGCAUACCCGCUUAGGCCUUCGGAAGCUGGCCAAGAUGCAUGCUGCCGCCGCUGUCUUGAACGAACGUCAACCGGGAGUGCUGACCCAGUUCGAUCAUGGCAUCUUCAAUCGUCACACUCAGGGCUUUGCGCCAUUCUUUGUAAACAUGGUGGGCGUGGCGUCCAAUUUUGCCAAGGAAUGUCCAGAACUGGGUGAGCCCUAUGCAAAGAAAUUAAAGGAACUGCAAAAGCGAGUGAUGGAGUACUCCGAAAGGGUUUACGAUCCUCAGCCGGGGGAGUUUAACACCCUGGUGCACGGCGAUUACUGGGUGAACAAUGUGAUGUUGCGUUAUGGGGAGCAGAAGGAGCCCCUGGACAUGACCCUGAUCGACUUCCAGUUCUGCAGCUGGUCCUCGCCGGCAGUGGACCUGCACUACUUCUUCAACACCUCGGUGCAAAGCGCCAUUCGCUUCGAGCAACAGGAUGCACUGAUUCAGUAUUACCACUCGGUGCUGGUGGAAACCCUCAAGGAUCUCAACUUUGGUGGCUAUACCCCCACAUUGCGGCAAUUGAUCCUGCAGUUGGAGAAGGGAAGAUUCUUUGCCGUCACAGUGGCUCUGGUCUGCCAGGCUAUAUUGACCAACGAUCAGACCGCCGAUGCUGACUUCCAUGCCUUGAUGAAGGACGACGAACGAGGACGUAACUUCCGGAAACUGCUCUACACCAACAAAAGACUGCAGGACAAUCUUAAGUACGAGCUGCCACGCUUUGAUAGGAGCGGUCUUCUAGAUGUCACCGACUGAACGGGAUCCAUGUGGUUCUUUUUUAUCCUUACCGUCUACUAUAUAUCAAAUAAUAGUUCAACAAAUAAAUUUUAAAAUUAUAAAUGUUAAAUGUGUUAAAUGUUAAAAAUGUUAACUUAGAGAUGCCCACACUGUGACUUUAAGAAAGUAUAUUAUGCUACAAACAAGUGCUUGGUGUAUUAAAAACCUUUUAAUUCUUACAAUUACAAUAGUAACGAAA